UCGUGCAUAUUACAUGGGAUUAAGUCAGGCCCUCGCUAUAGGUUCUCACCACAAUCAGCCCUACCCGUUAAAGAUUCAUCCAAAUAGACUCAGUAGAGGUUUUCACUCUUAUAAUUAUCUGUUUUCAUCCAAUUCAUAUGUCAAUACUCGAUGAAGCGUCCCGCUAAAUGCUCACGCUGUCGUGUUAACCGCGACGAACCAGUGCUGAACUUGAGAUGUUACGCCACAUGUCGACGAUGCCGGGAGGUCAGAAAGAAGAUAAAAACACCGCUACCGGUUUAUCGUGAAUUCGACAAGUUUUGCCGUAAGGUUCAGCAGAAUACAGAGGUGGAUUUGCUUGACCAGAGACUUGCAACUCUGGGGUCUCCGUCGCAUAUACAAAAAUGUGUACUCGAUGAGAUCACGGCCGAAACAUACCUGAUGAUUUCGAAUAGAUUGAUCCAAGUCUUUGUCGUUCCAUUGAUGGAGGCUACCGGGUACAGGUUUGUCGUGCGGGAUCACCGCCAAGGCGGCGUAAAGAAGAGGAAAAUCAGCCUAGAAUUUGUUUGUUCCCAGGAUAAAGCCCAAAAAAGGGUUUCACAUGCUCUGGGUAGCGCAAAAGAACUAAAGGUUGAAAAUUGCCAGUCAAAGCUUACCUUGGUUUACGAUCUUCUUACAAUGGAGUUGGGUAUGAACUUCAACCAUAGGAGUCACACCCCGUACCAGUGGAAGAGGGGAGGUAUGGCCAAAGCCGGGGUCUUUAGGAAUACCAAGCUCGACCAUGACUUCCCCUCCGGUAAGUUUGAAUGUAUCAGAUUUAUCCAAGAGACUGCUCCCACGUUCCGUCGGAAGUUGCUGCGUGGUACCAGUCAAGAAAAAUCCAUCUAGGGAAAGCAAUCUGGUUCCUCUGGUAUACAGCUGCUCAGAAAAUAUGGUAUUAGUAUGGAAACAGUUUUUGUACUAGUUACUCAAGCGUAGAGUAUGUUCUGACGAAUCAUUUAUUUUGGGUCCUAUGGCUAUCAUAAUCAAGUUUGAUCAGUGAUUUAAAACUCAGGAGACUCUUUACUUUAGCAGAUUGGCACAUUUUUUCAACUGGGUCACUGGAUGUAUCUGUCAGUACCAUUGUGAACUCGGAUAUUUUGCACCACGCAGAUACAUGACAAACUCCUGGAUUUUUUUCAGACUCUUGGAUUUUUUCAGCCUCAUAUAUAAGUCAAUUAGCAAUAAACCUUUUAUUAG